AUGGCCUCGUCUUCUCAACAAAGCAGCAAAUCAAAUCAAGAAAUAUCCAUUGAGUUUAAUACUCGCCGUAACGAAUUGCAAUCCGUAGCACAGAAGAUCGGCGAGCUUGAACAAGACGCAGAGGAACACGUGCUUGUGACGCAGACUCUCGAGGAAGCUAGAAAGGUGGAUCCAGCACGAAAAUGUUUUAGAAUGAUUGGCGGUACUCUUGCAGAAAGAACGGUGGAUGAGGUGUUGCCUGCGCUCAACACAAAUCUGACAGGCAUCAAACAAGCCCUGUCUCAACUCAUACAGGCUUACAAAACUAAAGAGAAUCAAUUUAUAAACUUCCAACGAGAAUUUAACAUUAAGGGUUAG